AUGCAGAAGAGGUUGUUAUGCGGGGUUUACAGAAGCUGUCGUUAUGUGAGCACGAAGCCGGAGGGGUCUAACGUGCGCUGGUUCUAUGCCACUGACUUGCCUAUUCGCAAGCCAUUCGAGCCCAAGUACGCAAUUGGCGAUAAAGAACCAUGCAAGUUCCUGCCAUUCUCAAGGAACGACUCCAUGCGGCUAGAGCGCAUGAAUCAACUGAUGGGCGCCGAAGAAAGCAAGCGCUCGCCGAAUUACCAGGCGGUUCCGGUGAACGAAGACUAUUUGUUCGAGGUCAACUUAAGCAAGAGAGAGAUCAAACCUGCAUUUUGGGAAGGCCCGGUUUACGAAGUCAGGCGCGGUAUAUGGUUCAAUUCCGACCAUAAACCACUUAGGAACGACCUUACCACUGAGCUUGAAAAGUAUCGCCAAGAGCUAUUGGCCGACAAAAACAAUCCCCCUGGGUGUCAAGGAGGUAAAGAACGUCAAUACCGUGAUGUCUUCGCUCUUUCCUCCAAACACAAGGAAGGGAAGAUGGUGCUUUAUGCUGACGAAAAGACUGCAUUUAUACUUCCAGAUCUUUACGGUGGUAAACUUCAGCUGAACUGGCUGAGGAGCAACAUGGCACAGGCCGUACAGUUCGGUGCCUACAAAGUUGUAAGGGGUGCGGAUUCAGAGUGCUCCAUUGGCGAGGCUGUCAAAGGUAAUGUAGACGCAGAAGUUAAGGAAACCACCAGGAGUUUGGGUAAGGUUACUGACCUCAUAAAUUGGCAGCUUCUUGGCUCACUCUCAGGGCUCAACCCAUUCUCUUCGAAAAGUGAAGAUGCCAACAAAGUAAUGGAACAAGAGAUAGAAGCUGACUACGCUAGAGAGAAUGAGUCCAAAAAGACGUGGCGUUCAAACCAUCGUGAUGUUGAUCACUUAGUUUUCUGCAUACACGGGAUAGGCCAAAACUUAGGCAAGAAAUAUCAAUACGUUAACUUUGCCCACACCGUGAAUGUAUUAAGGAGCAACUUAAAGAAAAUGUAUCAUCAGAGCGACCAACUGAAAAACAAGAGCAAGGAUAAAGGAUUUGAAGACUGGCAGGAGAACUGCCGCACUCAGGUACUACCCAUCACGUGGAGAAAUAAAAUAGGAUUCAAUACUGAUGAUGCUGAGUUCAACUCAGAAGAUCCGAGCCUCCCGACCCUAAAUGACAUAACCCCCGAUGGCGUUAGACCCCUACGAAAAAUUCUCGGUGAUGUUGUAUUGGAUCUCCUCUUAUAUGGGGAGCCUCAUUACAAACACAGAAUAAUGAAGGAGGUCACCAGCCAACUGAACCAUGUUUACCGCUUGUAUCGAUCACGCAAUCCCAACUUCGAUGGUCAAGUGCACAUUAUGGGCCACUCUCUCGGAAGCCUCUUGCUUUUUGACAUCCUUGCAAACCAAGACCGUUAUCCAUUAGAUUUCGAGGUUCACAACUUCUUUUCCAUUGGAUCACCAGUAGGCGUAUUCAAGCUAAUUCAGAAAACCAGGAUCGGACAGCAAAAAAACUCGCGGGGAAAGUUUGAGGAACUGAAAUGCCAUAACUAUUUUAACAUCUACCACAUGUGCGAUCCAGUAGCAUACAGAGUUGAACCUUUAGUGGACAGGUGCUUUGCAAAUUUUCAACCGACUUACGUUCCUCACUGGAGCAGUAACGACAUCGCGGCCAAAGUUCUUGAAAUCGGCGGAUCUCUGAUCAGCAGCGAUCCUACUAAAGAGGGUUCUACCACCAAAAUGACAGACCGUCAAAUCAAAAUGCUAAACAAAUUAAACUACACAGGCAGAGUCGAUUAUUCUUUCUUACCAAACUUCCUAGAGGUUGAUCUGAUUUCAGCGAUCAAAGCUCACGUAAGUUAUUUUGAAGAGAUGGACCUGGCGGCUUUCAUUCUGAAGCAGGUGCUUUCCAAGCACCGGAGAGUCGAAACCGAUCUCGCCGUGCAGAAGCGCUCUGCCGUACAAACCGACUAA